CAAGCCUCCAGCUCGCGGUCUCUCACUGAGGACCAAGAGACAGUUGCUGUAGAGGACAUUCUGUGCGUGCGUUUGUCAUUCCCGUGUGGAUUUUUUUCAAAGACAUUGUCAUCUGUGUAGAAGUUCCAGGAUGGAGAGAAUAAGGAGGAUCCUGAGGAGGAAGGCUAGGCAGGUGGCUCCAAAGCCAGCAGUAACCAUCAGCCAGCCUUCCCAGGAGGAGAGCGGCCCCUCUGUCCCCGCGGGUGGGGAAGAGGCUCGUGGCCAGGGGGAAGAGAGGAGCUGCAUCGCCUGCUGCAGGAGGAGGAAGACAGCAGCUCCCCUAGCUGACCCUGAGGCACCUUCUGGGCCGAAAUGGAGGUGGCCCAGUGUUCAGCUAUGGAGGAGAGAGCCAGGAGAGGGCAGGAGCCGGAGAAGGCAGCUCUGGGGCUUCCUUCGCAGGAAGCCAAGGAGCCAGGAGCUGCGCCCCAGGGCCCAGCAGGAGCCGUCCACCACCAUGGUAACUGAAGGGCCCUGCGCCAGCCCGACCCUGGCCCCCGAGGAGCCUCCCGCCAGGCUCCCCCGAGGAGCCUCUCUGACCACCAAGGAGCCUCUGGCCAGCCCCACCCUGGCCACCAAGGAGCCUCCUGCCAGCCCCACCCUGGCCAUCGAGGAGCCUCCUGCCAGCCCAGAGCAGGAGUUGAGUGACUGCGGCGCGACAAACACCAGCAGCUCCGCGUACUCCUGCGGGGCCAGCAGCUCCUCCCUGGUGGCGGACAGGGCUGAACAGCUCCGCUUCCUCCACGCUGUGCCGCGUCUCUGCUUCUCGGCACAGAAGCAGGGGCGGGACACCCUGGAGCCCCCGGUCUCCAAAGCGGCCUUAGUGGAGAGCAUUGCGGUGAGUGGGACCCCGUGCUCGGCCCUGGGGCGAGGGAGCCAGACAUGGGAGGAAGCAUUAGUGGGGCCGGAGUAG